UGAGCAGUUUGUUUUCCGUUCGCAUUUGGAUUUUGUAACCCGACCAACGGCAGCAGGUUGCUGUCGAAUUGGAGAACAAAAAUCGCUAAAAAUAAUGAAAUAUUUUAUUUAAACAUUAAUAUAAUUAACCUCCGAAUUUGUUGGUUAUAAAAGCUGUAGGAAAACAUAAUCGUUCUAACGCACAAACAACAAAAACAAAACCACUGCGCAGUUCUUAGGCGCAGAAAAUAUUUAAUUAAAAUGCCAAAAUAAAAACAGUGUCGAAUCUGCACUGAAAAAUGUCCAUUAAAUGUGAUUAUUGAAGUGAAAAACAGCACAAAGAGAGUUCAAACAAGUUUUAAGUACAUAAACAAAUUUUGAACAACAAUUUUGACAAUCCAUUACAAGGUUGUAAAAAUAACUUCGAAAAAGGUAGUUGAAAAGAAAUACCCGAAAAAAUCAGAGAUUUCAUCAAGAAAACCAGAAUUCAUUAAAGGUCAAGACUUAAUAGAGUUGCUGCAUGGGGAACAGUCUGAUAACGAGUGGAAAACCGAGUCAACGUCGCGAGAAGAGGCUUUUCGAGAGGCUGAGCUGCAGCUACGCUCAGACUCCCAAUAGAAUGGAGCUAAAUAUGAAUCCCCUGCUGGCUUUGGCCCGCUCGAUUGCGUCGCCUUCCACACCGCCACUUACUCCGGAGAAAAUGGCCUCGGAUAAGGAGCAGGCUCCCAUCGAACAGCUACCUAAUGAAAUGUGGCUGGAGAUCAUGUCCUAUCUAUCCUACAACGAUCUGCAGCAGUUGCGCAUGGUAUCUUGGCGAUGCCGAGAUCUGGUACACCGUCGGCGAUUCAUGGAGAAGGGCAAGGUGAUAGUGACGCAGCACAAUCUGGAAGCGAUUCACAAGCAUGCAAAGGGUGGAAACUGCUAUUUAAGUUUCGAGAGGAUCGAGCUGCGAAAUCUCCGCCAGUGCCGCCAGUUGGAGAACUUUCUUCGUCUUGUGGGUCACGAGGUGAAGCAUCUCCAAGUGCGCCAUGCUCCUGUAUUUCGGAAUAUGGAUGGAAAGUUGCCCAACCUGAAAGUCCUGACAAUUGCCACCACUAGUUCCAUGGAUGACCAGCAUCUAAAAGCGGUGGAUGGUUUGGAUAUGAAACAGUUUGCCCACCUAGUAGGAUUCGAAUGCGAUGGCGUAAGCUUGGACUCUUCAUUGAAGCUGUUAAUGUUGCUGCAGUUGCGACGCAAGGAGAACAAGGUGCAGCUCCGUCAUCUGCAAUUCGAAUUCCGAAGGAACAACGAGAGCGCUCUGCUGGAUGUCCUGCGGGAUCACGCGGACACCUUGGUGUGUGUGGACAUAUUCUUCAGCUGUUCGCCAGGAAUCGACACUCGGGAGUGGUGCCAGGCCUUUGAAACCAUGUAUAAUCUGCGCACUUUGAAGCUAUCUGGAAAUUGUCAUCUUGUUCUACUGGAAGCCGUCUUAAGAGCAGUACCAAAGUCAGCACCAAUUCGUCAAUUGGAUUUAACUGGGAUGCUAUCACUUACCAAUGAACUACUACUCUAUAUAGCCGGAAAAUGGCAGAAUACUUUAAAGGUCCUGGAUCUAAUGUUUUGCGUCCAACUUAACACCAACUGUAUUGAUGCACUGCGGCAGCUGAGUGGUCAGUUGGAGGCCUUGACCAUGGCUUAUUGCAGAGAAUUGACGGGAAUGGGCUUAGUUCAGGGACUGACCGGCAAUAUGAACUAUACCCUGCAGGAGCUGCACCUAGAAGAAACUAUUUUCCUAGAUGAGAACUCCAUGUGCCAACUGCUGGAGAGACUGCCCAAUUUGCGACGCCUCAGUUUGGAUAAUUGCCGACAAGCGGUAACAGAUCGCACAAUGGCCACUAUUUGCCAAUACCAAACGAAACUCCGAAAUCUUAACAUCGAUUAUUGUGUAAAGAUCACGGAUCAGGGUUUGAUAGGAUAUGGCGAGACUCCUUAUCCCAUUAGUCGCCUACGCGGAUUAAAGGAACUCAACCUUAGAGGCUGUCGCAAUCUAACAGAUAAUGCAUUAAAAACUGGACUAAAGUUACCAGAACUGCGAGCCCUUUCCCUAGGUUAUUGUACUCGACUAACCCCAGAGGGCUUUGAGGCCGUAACCCACAAUUGCCCAUCACUGGAAGCCCUUUGCGUGUCCAGCUGCUUUGCAGUGGAAGAUGAGACUGUGCUUAGUAUUGUUAGCAAUCUGAAACGUUUGAGAGUACUCAACCUAAGCAACUGCUGCAAGCUGACCCUUCAAUCAAUUCACCACAUCCUGGCGCAUGGACACAAUCUUGUGGAGCUGAUUGCCUGCUCCAUUGACGGCAUGGAUCAUGAGCAGGCCCAGCGGAUUCUGGAGGCGCAGAGACCGCAAAUGAAGCAAGUGCUUCUAUAGCAGGAGAGGUAUAUCCACUGACGGAGCCGAAACACUCCCCAUAACGACUGGGGGAGUCGAGAGGAUGAUCAGUUUGACGACGAUGAGACCGAGAUCAUCGAGAUCGUGGUUUAGUCAUAGCUCCUCCGACGAUUAGAUUUAGUUAAAGUUUAGCGUGAAACGUUUAUUAUUGUUUGUCCCUAAGGACAUUAUUCUAAACCUUAGGAAAAAACUUUAGAGGUGAUACUUAGAUUUUUUUUAAAAACAUCAUCCGAUUUCUACUAUAAGAUCAGCCAGAACAGAAGCCAAAUAUCAAAGUACAAGUAUUCCUCCCACCCAAAAUCCAUCUGAACAUUUCAGUGAUUAAUGUUUGAUAUAUUUUUAAAUCGACUUUGAACGUCAUACUAUUGCAUGCAUUAAAGUUUUUAAUUUGAAUUAAUCAAGCAAUACCAACAAGCGAAGACUUCAUCUUAGAUUUAACUUAUACUUAAACUGAGGCCAUGAUUAAAAUCCCGAAGAGCUUGCAUUUCUAUAUACCUACUUAAGUCGGGCUAAGCAACGAAACAAUACUUCUACAGAUAAUAGCCAGCCAAUAUGUAAUAAUCAGAGUGUGUCUACAAUUUUAAAAACUCAUAUAGAAUUAGUGUAUAUGGUUGCUAAACAUUUUAAUGGUACGAGUUUGCAAAAAGAGGCUGUUAGUUAGUAAGUUAAUGUUCAAAUUUAAUCAACUACUAAAUGAUACAUUUUAAUCAAUAGGAUUGUAAGAACAGUUUUGAGAAAAGUUUUAAAUGAAAUCGGAUAUAGGUAUAAGGGAAGGACAGACUUUCCCGAUAAGACAGAAUGGGACUUUUGGAAUAUAUUCUUUUGAAGAACUUUACUUUAUUUAAUCAACUUUUAAACAUUUAAUAAAUGUUGCAUGUGUUAUAAGCUAAUCAAAAUGUAAACGAUAUAAAAUUCCCGAAAGGGAAUUAUUUAUUAAAGUGUGCUACAGCUAUAAAGGAUAUUCAGCUUCUUUUGAAGAAAACCCAAUAAAUACGAAAUAUUUCAAUGUCAAA